GAUAGGAAAAAGACUCCAUGACAUCAAGGAGUACUAUGCAGGAGCAACAGAUUAGAUAGAUACCUAACAUGGACAGAGCUUAACAUCACACUGCUUUAGUGAACACAGUAAGAAACAGCCUUGAGCUAUGCAACAGAAUGCCAAUUUGUUUUUUAAAACCACGUGCGCACAAAACAACAGUCCACAUUUCACCAGAAUAAAAAUAAAUCGAUGUUAAACUGUUAGAAUGGUUGCCAUGGUGGGGUGAAGCCUGUGAGCAGGGUAUGCACAUAAAAGAGAAUACGUCAAUGCCUAAAACAAGAGAGGGUUCUGGUACUGCUCCAUGAACUGAUGAGUUUGAUUAACUCAAAACUUUGCACUGGGGCUUGAAACAAAAAGAAAUCCCAAUGAGCUCAAGAAUUCUGAGGCUGGUCCAAGGCCAGCUUCCUGCAGACCAGCAGUUCCCACGCCUGCUGGGCACAGGGCAUCCUGCUGUCACCAGGAACCUGGUACGGAGGCUGGGCUGGGUGAGUGCCAAGGCAGGAGAACUGAUACCAGGAGGGAGCUGGUCCUCAGGCCGUGGUGCCAUCGAUGCUUCUGCUGCUGCCCAGCUUGUGUCCCUCUCCCUGCCACACCCUGACAGCCACACCUUUCCCAGCACGAAGCAAGCUCUUCCAUGCUAUGGGGUCUUACUUCCAAUGUUCCCGCUGUUUUGAACACUAGCUCCUUGUUGUUGGUUCCUAUUCCUUUAAUUCUCAGCUGGACUGUUAUACCUUCUGAGAAGACUGCCUGACCACUCUGUCAGAGUCUGUCACUGUGUCUGCUUCUGUGGCAGCCAUGACUACCAUAUUGGUUGACUUUGCUUAUUUACUGUUGUCACCCACAUGGGCAGAAACUGCGUCCGCGUAAUUCACCACUGUCCCCCCAGCACCUAACACAGAGCAGGCGCUCAAUAAAUAACUUACUGGGUGUUCCCUCAGCUACCAGAGGGGGGGCGUGGCUUCUGGGAUGAAGCACGUGGAGACCAACACCUACGACGUGGAGCGGCUGUUACACGUGAAGGGGAAGAGAAACGUCAGGGCCACGGAGGUGGAAAUGAGCUGGGACAGUUUUAACCGAGGUGAUGUCUUCUUGCUGGACCUUGGGAAGGUUAUCAUCCAAUGGAAUGGUCCAGAGAGCAACAGCGGGGAGCGUCUGAAGGCAAUGCUUCUGGCAAAGGAUAUUCGGGACAGGGAGCGAGGGGGCCGCGCGGAAAUAGGAGUGAUCGAGGGAGACAAGGAGGCAGCAAGCCCAGAGCUGAUGAAGAUCCUUCAGGACACCCUCGGCCGACGUUCUGUUAUCAAGCCUGCGGUCCCAGAUGAGAUCAUAGAUCAGCAGCAGAAAUCAAAUAUCAUGUUAUAUCACGUCUCAGACUCAGAUGGGCAGCUGGUGGUCAGAGAGGUAGUGACGAGGCCUCUGGUCCAGGACCUGCUGAGCCAUGAUGACUGCUACAUCCUGGACCACAGCGGAACCAAGAUCUACGUGUGGAAAGGAAGAGGAGCCACGAAGGCUGAGAAGCAGAUGGCCAUGUCUAAGGCCCUGAACUUCAUCAAGAUGAAGGGCUACCCCAGCAGCACCAACGUGGAGACCGUCAACGAUGGCGCUGAGUCAGCCAUGUUCAAGCAGCUGUUCCAGAAGUGGUCGGUGAAGGAGCAGACCGCGGGCCUGGGGAAAACGUUCAGCGUUGGUAAAAUUGGUAAGACUGCCCCCGACUGUCUUCCUACUGGGACUGCAGAAUGGCAGGCAUGGAUGAUCUUCACUCACUCGGCUUCUCCCAACCCCUUCUCUGCAGCUCAAGUUUCCCAGGAUAAAUUUGAUGUGACGCUGCUGCACUCCAAACCAGCGGUAGCUGCCCAGGAAAGGAUGGUGGAUGACGGCGAUGGGAAAGUCGAGGUCUGGAGAAUUGAAAAUCUGGAGCUGGUCCCCGUGGAGCAUCAGUGGUAUGGCUUCUUCUAUGGAGGAGACUGCUACCUGGUUCUCUACACAUUCGAGGUCUAUGCAAAGCCGCGUUACAUCUUGUACAUCUGGCAGGUAGGCCUGGGGCGGGCAGGCCUGGGGCAGGCUCUCAGCUCUCGGAGAUGGUGCUUCCCCCCCCACGAGGCUGGGGCCAGGGCAGCGGCGGCCAUUCUCCUGUCCCCGCGGCAGGGCCGCCACGCCUCGCAGGACGAGCUGGCCGCCUCGGCGUUCCGGGCGGUGGAGGUGGACCGCAAGUUCGAUGGGGCCCCGGUGCAGGUUCGGGUCACCAUGGGGAAGGAGCCACGCCACUUCAUGGCCAUCUUCAAAGGAAAGCUGGUCAUCUUUGAGGGUGGGACUUCCAGGAAGGGCAAUGCCGAGCCUGACCCUCCAGUAAGGCUCUUCCAGAUUCAAGGAAAUGACAAAUCUAACACCAAAGCAGUGGAGGUGCCAGCCUUUGCCUCCUCCCUGAACUCCAAUGACGUCUUUCUGCUGCGGGCCCAGGCAGAGCACUACCUGUGGUACGGCAAGGGGUCCAGUGGGGAUGAGCGGGCAAUGGCUAAGGAGCUGGCCGGGCUCCUCUGUGAUGGCACCGAGGACACCGUGGUUGAGGGGCAGGAGUCGCCGGCGUUCUGGGACCUGCUGGGAGGGAAAGCUCCCUAUGCCAAUCACAAAAGACUGCAGCAGGAAAUCCUGGAUGUCCAGCCCCGUCUCUUUGAAUGUUCCAAUAAGACUGGCCGGUUCAUUGUCACCGAGAUCACAGAAUUCACCCAGGAUGACCUGAACCCAGGUGAUGUGAUGCUCCUGGACACCUGGGACCAGGCAGGGAAAUCCUAUGAGCAGUUAAAGGAAGAGCUGGGAGACACUGCUGCCAUCACGAGAAUCACUGCUGACAUGAGGAGUACAACUCUCUCCCUGAAUUCCGAGAUAAAAUAUUACCCUAUCGACGUUCUAUUGAAAAAUCAGGAUCAAGAGCUGCCGGAGGAUGUGGACCCUGCCAAGAAGGAGAAUUACCUCUCUGAACAGGACUUUGUUUCUGUGUUCGGCAUCACAAGAGGGCAAUUUGCUGCUCUGCCUGGCUGGAAACAGCUCCAAAUGAAGAAAGAAAAGGGGCUUUUCUAAAGCAAGGAAGCAUACACAUACUGCAAGAGCACAGAAGAGAGCAGCUAGUGCCAAUAUCAGGAAAGAAUUUAUCUACCAUUUGUUGCCUAACAUUCAGCACUUCAUUUAGAUAAAACAGGGUCUGCAAAUCACAGCAUGUUCUCCAUUUUUUUUCACCCCUGCAUUCCUUAGUUGUUAUAUACCUACUUUUUAAUUUUUGUGGCCUUCUGGCUAAAGCCUCAGCAGAAAGCACUAAAACUACCUAAGUCUGGAGAAGCCAAAAGUAAUAAACAAGAUAAACUAAGUUUAAAGUGUUUAAAUGUUAAGGCAGAGACCUAAGUUUGUCUCAAAUUUUAAGAUCGGUAUUUCCAAAAUCUAUUUAACCCACAAAUGAUUGAAGUUAAUUACAUGUAUAUCCCAAAGCCAAAAUCCAAAUGCCCAGAUCUGUAUGUGCCAGAGCUUUUAACUUUUCAAAUAAAGAUACCUAUAUGAGCAAA